GCGCACGCUUCCUCAGGAGCCAAUAGAGGAGAAGCACAGCCAAGCACUUCCGGGCGGCGAGGCUGGGGGUGGGCAAAAUGGCGGCGGACGUGGGGAGCUGGCGGCUUUACGCGCUGCUGAGAUUUUUUUAUUCACUGUUCUUUCCUGGACUAAUAAUAUGUGGAGUUCUCUGUGUAUGUUUGGUCAUUGUCCUUUGGAUAAUGAGGCGACAUCUACAGAGGAGAAAAAAGUCAGUCUCAACCAGCAAAAAUGGAAAAGAUCAAACGGUAGUUGCCUUUUUCCAUCCUUACUGCAAUGCGGGCGGCGGUGGAGAGAGAGUUCUAUGGUGCGCUUUGAAAGCCCUGCAGAAAAAGUAUCCUGAAGCGGUUUAUGUAGUGUAUACUGGUGACAGUAACGUCAGUGGUCAACAGAUACUAGAAGGUGCUUUCAGAAGAUUUAACAUCAAGCUAGUUCACCCAGUACAGUUUGUUUUCUUAAGGAAGCGCUACCUUGUGGAAGAUCGUCGGUAUCCCCACUUCACAUUGCUAGGGCAGAGUCUUGGAUCCAUUCUUCUUGGCUGGGAAGCUCUGAUGCAGCGUGUUCCUGAUGUUUACAUCGACUCUAUGGGAUAUGCUUUCACACUCCCUCUGUUUAAAUAUGUGGGGGGCUGCCGAGUUGGGAGCUAUGUCCAUUAUCCCACUAUCAGCACUGACAUGCUCUCUGUAGUGAAGAAUCAAAACACUGGAUUUAAUAAUGCAGCUUUCAUUAGCAGGAAUGCUCUUCUCAGCAAAGCAAAGCUCAUCUACUACUAUUUAUUUGCUUUUAUUUAUGGCCUUGUUGGUUCUUGCAGUGAUGUAGUCAUGGUGAAUUCCACUUGGACACUGAAUCAUAUUCUCUCACUGUGGAAAGUUGGCCAUUGCACUAACAUUGUUUAUCCACCUUGUGAUGUGCAGACAUUUCUGGACAUCCCCUUACAUGAGAAAAAAGUGACCCCAAGACAUUUGUUGGUUUCCAUUGGCCAGUUCAGGCCUGAAAAGAAUCACGCUUUGCAGAUCAAAGCCUUUGCUAAAUUGCUAAAUGAGAAGGCACCUGAGUCACACCCUUCACUUAAACUUGUCCUUAUUGGGGGGUGUCGAAACAAAGAUGAUGAGCUUCGCGUAAACCAACUGAGAAAACUGUCUGAGAAUUUGGGCGUUCAAGAAGAUGUGGAAUUUAAAAUAAACAUUUCAUUCAAUGAAUUGAAGAAUUACCUCUCUGAAGCAACAAUCGGGCUGCAUACCAUGUGGAAUGAGCAUUUUGGGAUUGGAGUUGUGGAGUGUAUGGCAGCUGGCACAAUUAUCCUUGCACACAAUUCAGGAGGCCCAAAGCUUGACAUUGUCGUUCCUCAUGAAGGACAAAUAACUGGAUUUCUGGCUGAGAGUGAAGAAGGCUAUGCUGAAACCAUGGCUCAUAUUCUCUCUCUGUCUGCAGAAAAGAGACUUCAGAUCGGAAGGACUGCUAGAGCGUCUGUGAGCAGGUUUUCUGACCAGGAGUUUGAAGUCGCAUUCCUGUCUUCUGUGGAGAAGUUACUCACUUAAUGCCAAAUCUGUGUAUAUUCUAGAUAUUUUAUACAAAGUGGAGCUGGGGUGUGAGAUCAGUGGUAGAGCCUGUGCUUGGUGUGUGCAAGGUCCUGUGUUCCAUCUCCAGCAUCAAAAAGUAAAAGGAAAUGCUUCAUUUGGAAAUGCUUUCACGUGUAAAUAUUUUCUACGUUUACUCUCUAUUAUAAUAAAGGCGACCUGAGCAAUAUUCUCAGCAAUGUGUUUAUACACAUGGUAGUAUUAAACAAAAUGGCAAAAUUAUCUUUAUGGAAAAAGUAAUCUCAUAUAGCUUAAUUUACAGAUUUUACAUUAAUAUUUGGUCUCAAUAUCUGAACAGUACAAUUCUUAAAAAAAAAAAAAUUACCAAUCGAACCAGGCAGUGGUGGCACACUCCUUUAAUCCCAACACUCGGGAGGCAGAGAUUAAACCUGGAGAGAGCCACGCUCAUGGUGCACAAGUGCUUUAACCAGUGAGUGCUUUGCCCCAACCCCAGAAGUCCUGGCAAACAACAGCAUGGGUAACCCUUUAAGUAUACCUAAUAAUUUUCUUAAAAGGAAAAAGAAGCUUCAAACAGACAUCUUAAUCCUAGUCUAAAACAUCAAUCAAGAGAUGGGAUAGACUGAUCUCUUCAUGGAUGUGUACAGAUACGUUGAAGUCAAAACACAGGCAACAAUCUUCCUCAUAACUAGGUUUGUGUGGGAGUCGGGUUUUGUUUAGUGCUCACCACAGACCAUUUCUAUGAGUUUCACAUCCAUUAUCAGCCCCACCCACUUAAGGCUAAAAGUCAGCCUCAAUUCAUUCAACAGAAUAAGAAGCUAAGUUGCUUUUCUGAAGCAUAUCGUAUCCUGGUGCCCACACAGUGGGGGGUGCCAGGUGGUAGUUAGUAUGCUGGACUGGACCUGGCUUCACCCUUCACAAAUAUCCAACCUGCUAACACUGAAGCUAUGCCUUAAAUUUUUUGAUUCUUGGGUGUUUCAUCUGAAAUCAAUUUGAUAAUACCUUCAGAAUUGUGAUAAAAGAUGUGAAGUGUGCAGCUACUCUGCAGAUUAAGCAUUGCCUUGGUAAAAGUAAGAACCAAAGAUACAGUGACCUGGUAGGGGAAAUGGUGUGUGGGGUAUGUAUCUGGGGUGGUUUUUAGGGAAAGGGGGACGAGGUAAAUAAUGGAAGGAGGCCAGUAAAAUAAAAAUAAGGAUGUCAGAAAAAGCCACCAAGAGUCAUAUUAUUAAGCAAUACCACCAAAAAAAUAAAAAUAAAAAAACCUGUAAUACAUGUAAUUCUGUGUAAUUUUAUGGCUAGUCUUUGAGGUAAAACUUGGCUAUAGCUCACACAGCCUACCUAUCCACACAAAAUAUAAAGAUUAUAGAAAUUGGAAUUUAAAAAGCAGGAUGGGAUGAAAGAAGAAAGGAUUCUCAACUUCUUAACACUUUUAACUUCAAAAUUAUUUUCAUGUAUCAAAAGCAUAAAAUACGGUUUACAUGUAUAUUCUUUUCCGGUGUUCCUAAGAAGGUUCUACAGAUUUAUCUUUUUUUUUUACUAGAUGUCAGGUACUGUGCAAAGGUCAGGGCUCGUCUUUAACUGUCUCUAGAAAACCUGUGAGCAGCUGUUAAGUCCUCCACAGUUGUGACUUUUCAGUGGUCCACAGCAGUGGGGAUUCACAUUCCUAUUACAGUGUGUGAAGUCACAACUGUGAGUAUAUGUUCCAUCGUCUGUACAAUAUAUUUAUAACUAAUGUGAUGUAGAGCUAGUGAUACAAAAUCCACUUGUAGCUAAAUCUGACGGUUGAUUUCUCUACUUCAAUUAAAAUAUUUAUAUUUUUCCACUUCCCCUUACCCCUCAGACUCUCCUACCUCUGAAGUUCAUGGUCUCUUUUUCCUUAAUUAUUGCUACAUGUGUAUGCAAAUAAAUAUGUAAAUGCA